CACGGGUAUUAUCUAGUACUUCUCUAACGCCACCAGAUUUGCUCUAAUCCCUCUAUCGCACUCUCCUGGUUUUCGUUACACAAUUUGCUAUUUUUUCGCAGUCGGAACCCUAAACCACUUGAGAGAAAUCAGAUAAAAAUGGAUUUGGGAAAUGAUUUCGAUCGUCUACUCUUCUUCGAACAUGCUCGUAAAACCUGUGAAGCAAACUACAUUAAAAAUCCUCUUGAUGCUGAGAAUUUAACGAAAUGGGGGGGCGCAUUGCUUGAGUUGUCGCAAUUUCAGAGUCCCGCCGAGUCUAAGCCUAUGCUUUCAGAUGCUGUGUUGAAGUUGGAAGAAGCAUUGUCGAUCAAUCCCAAACGACAUGAUGCAAUGUGGUGUUUGGCAAAUGCUUAUACCACCACUGCUUUAUUGAUUCCUGACAUUGAAGAGGCUAAACCUUUCUUUGACAAGGCUGCACAUUUCUUUCAACAAGCUGUUGAUGAGGAACCCUCUAAUGAGUUGUACAGAAAGUCCUUAGAAAUCUCUUCCAAGGCGCCGGAGCUACAUGCUGAGAUUAACAAGCAACAAGAAGUUUUUGGCCAAGCUUUGGGGGGUGUGGGAGCUCCUGCUUCUUCUAGUUCCACUUCCACCACUAAGACGGCUGCAAAAAAGAAGAAAAACAAUGAUUUUGCUUAUGAUGUGCUGGGAUGGGUUAUUUUAGCUGCUGGAAUCGUUGUGUGGUUAGGAUUUGCGAAAAACCAAGCUCCCUCACAGCCACCAAGAUAAUCAUUUUUCAUUUGUGCUUCAAAUUUUGUCAAGAACAUGGGGAGGACAGCUGAGAUCGGAUGGUUUUUUUAUUGGAAAAUGCCUCAAGAGUUUUGGGGACAGUUGAAUAUUAAAGGUCUAGUUUAGACGUAUCUGUUAGCUGUAGAUUAUGAGUGAUCAUGACUGCAGCUCUUUUCUAAGCUCAAAAUUUUCGUGGAUGAAUGAAUACUGGAUUAUACGGAAAGCAGAUUGUUCUGAUCGUCUCUUUUCAGUAUACAAAAAUAAAUACGGGGUACCUAUUUCUACAAGUAGUUAUAGCUGUCCCAAAUUAGAAAUUUCUAUUAUUGUUGUAAUAGAUGUGUAAAUGUUCUUGGCUUUUGAUUCCCAAACCGUAUACUAUGUUCGGCAACUCUUGUGAAAGACGGUCUAUUGGAGAGACGUCGUCCACAGGUUCAACUCAUUUUAACAUCUGAAAAAAUAAAAAAAGUGUUGCAGCAUGCUUAAAAAAA